UGUUGCUGUUAUUCAAGUGCUAAUAUAUCUUGGAACAGUUCAGUUUAUUGUGAAGCUUGUAGGUACUCCAUUGGCGUAUAUACUUAACGUGUCUGCACCUGAGGCAAUGAAUGCUUUUGCAAUAUUUUGCUUGGAGGGGCAGAGUCAGGUGCAACAAUUUAUGAGUAUCUCUUCACGAUGCCAACAUCCAGGCUUUUUGCUAUUUGUGUGGGUGGUCUUGCUUCAUGUGCUGGCUCAAACUUAAUACAGUAUAUGGCGUUCGGAGUGCCGCUAAAAUACCUGUUGGCUGCGUCGGCUAUGUCAGCACCUGCAGCAUUAGUAUGUGCUAAAAUCGUCUACCCUGAUACUGAGGAAGAAGACCUUCAAGAAAAAACUGCAGAAAUAGCACUUGUUACGACAGAAAGAAACAAAUAUAGUGUGUCUAUUAUAUCAGAUGAAAGUCCGAAAGAUAAUACCGAGCAGAGCCCCGAAAAUAUUAAGGAAGCUGUAUUAUUAAAUGAAAUGGAGGAUAAGUAUAGACAAUCUGAAAAGGAAAAUGAAAACGGAAUAGAAGGAACACGAAGAUUUGUUGCACCGAAAAGUGUAGGUGAAACACUAGUGGUUGGUACAACAAAUGGACUUAAACUCGCAGCAAGUAUAGUAGGGUUACUGAUUGUUAGCCUCGCUGUCAUAGAAAUGCUGAAUAAAACUGUGGAAUGGUUUGGUGACAGAGUCAACAUUGACAUUACAUUAAAUCUUAUUUUGUCUUAUCUGUUUUACCCAUUGGUGUAUAUUAUGGGAGUUGAAAGUGAUGACUGCCUACGAGCUGGUGAAUUCCUCGGGCUUCGCACAUUAUCGAGUCCUGUGAUUCCGUACAUUUACCUUGGACGGAUUAUCUACAAUCGACAGCGUUUAGACGCUUACACAGCUGCGUUCAAUGAAACAUUUACUUAUGACAGGCAAAGCGACAUUUUCCUUCCGAAUUGGAACAUGACUUUGACUGGAGGCAUUUUCUCGGAAAGGUCAGAGGUCAUAGUGACGUACGCUUUGUGUGGUUUUGCAUCAAUUCCGACAAUUGGAAUAACAUUCGGUCUAGUUACGGCAUUCAUCCCUCACCGACUUCCGGAGGUAACCAAGCUCGGGUUUAGGUUACUUGCGGCUGGAACAGUGGCUAGUUAUCUCACUGCAUGUGUAGCAGGUGUAUUGUCCUAGAAGAUAUGUUGUCUACACAAUGAAGACUUCUAUAUGUUUCAAUACUUACUGUUAAAACACCCUGAGAACAGCUUUAAAUUUACACUCAAAGUGUCUGUAACAUUCACUAUGGUAAAACAGUAGUUUUAUUCUAAUACAUAUGUGUGUGUAAUUAUAUAUAUAUAUUUUUUUAAACUAAAUAUAUAAUGUAUUUUAUUCGAGACGAACAUCAAGUUGUUGAAGUAUGUAUGAAGUGUGUAUGAAAAUUAUACAAAAAAGAAAACAGAGAAAAAGAUACUUCUCCAGUUUCCUAUAGGACUGUCUUAAACUACUGACUACUGACUGAAAUAAAUCAGCUUAAGCUAAGACAUUAAUCUGAUACGUUUGUUUUUGUUCAGCAAAUCGAACCUAUCUGACAGACCUUUCUUGUUUUGAUAUGUUCAAAUUGAUCACAUAUAUUAUUUACUUAAUGCGUUAUUUCAAGUUUUGGUGUAUAAAUGAAAAAAUAUUGGUAUGGCAAAUUGUAGGAAACAUCUUUCUCAUUAACAUUUUUGUUGUACAUUUUUUUUUAUACUAGUUUCACUGUAUGUACAUAUACUAUGGCCUAAUGGCCUAUGCAUUCCCCACGGAAACUAGAGGUCAAACGUUCGAAUUCUACUGGAUUCAUUCCGAUGUGACCUGUUGAUGACCCGCACGCUUGGUCAAGAAUGGUAAUCGAGUACAAAUGUAACUUCCUUCUUUUUUUGUUUUUGCUUGACAUUAGAAAGGAAAGGCAAGUAUGCCUCGUAAUCCAAAAACGACUGUUCCAUUUAAAAGGGAGACACUAAGAUAAACAGGCAUGUGCCCUUAACUUUUUAUAUACUAAUUUUAUAUUUUGCAUGUAAUGAGGUGAUUAUUUCUUCCAGAGAAAUGAGAUAGUGCAGAAAAUGUGAUGAUGUUUAAGAGACGUCUUAGUCAACAUUUUUAAAUACUUUUGUUCAGUGCAUUUACACAGCAAUCGAGUUGUGCUGGGUAUAUCGAAAUGCAAGACUUAGUUCAUAGUUUCUUGAGAUUAAAAGAAAGAUACAGAAUUAUUACUCCAAAUAUGGUUUAACUUUGAAUAUUUUUCAAUUCCUUUCUGUAAAAGAACAGAUAUGCUGUUGAUAAUAUACGAAGUUUAUUUUAGGUCAAUAUUUGUUUAUACUCGUUGUCUAUUCUAACUGGGUCCUUUUGACUACAAUCGCAAUUUUCAUUAUUCUGCUUUGGAGCCAAUGGGAUGUCAUACAUACCGUUGAACAUUAGAUUUGAUAAAAGAAACAUUUCUGACCAGUUUUUGCCUUUUCUUAUAACGGAUCUUACGGAUUUUACCAUAAAUGAAAUGAAUUGUAAAGAAUAUAAGCCAAUUACUUAACUCUUUCGACUACACUAUGACGAACCUGUGUGGCAAAGGGUUUGUCUAUGUAAAAUGUUAUAUAUAGUUCACAAGUGUUCGUGAACAUUACUAUGCUUUAUGAGUGUGUCUCCGAUUUGUGUUCCCUAUUACAGUUAUAAAUGUUAUAUAAUUUACCCGCUUGUUUGACAUUUUUAUUCUGUAAUUGCCAUUGCUUUGUAAUCAGACGUCAUUUUAACAUUUAAACAUUUUAAUAAG